UUAACAAAGGUCAUUAGGUCAGCAGCUCAAUAGCAGCUCUUCACCUUCAAAGCUUAGUCACAGUUAGGUUUUACUCCUUAGCAAUUAGAGCAUAUAUUAAGCUCGUCUUUUCUAUUUUAGCUCAAAUCAUCAUCAACUCAUCUUAAUCUAGUAAGUAAUUUCUAUUAACUUGUUUUUAGAUAUUUUUCUUGUAUUGUUAUUGUCAACAACAUCACAAUUUUGGGUAGUUGAAUAAUAGAUAUAGACCUUAAAAUAAUACAUCUUGGUGUCCAUAUCUAUGGUGUGUAAAGCUUAGCAUGAUGAAGAUGAUGAUAAUCUUUUUGUAUAUAAUAAAUUUUACUUAGUGAUCUCUUUACUUAUGUUGUUUCAAUGCAAUAAAAAAUGGGUAAGUGUUCGACUCAUUGCUUUUGAUUCCAUUUGUUAGAGGUUUUUGUACUGUAAACAUCGUAAUGCUCCACAGAGAUAAUGAAAAACAAGUGAUAGAAAUAAAAAUUUAAGAGACUAUUAGAUUUUAAUAGCAGUAGCCAGUAAUAUAUACCAAACUUUUCUAACCAAAUAUUUUGUACUAUAUGUGUAUCUAUUUUUGGUUUUAAAGUGAAAUAUACUUCUAAGACUUGUGCACAAUGCUUGAAUGGAAGUCUUGUUGAAACAUGAUCUUGUAUCAGAUUACUAAUAACUAUUGUUAUGUAUGUGCAACAACUUCCUUUUUGGAUGGAAACUACAACUUCUGUAAUGGAUGUAGAGAAGAUUAUUAAUAUUCCUUCAAUUAUGUUGACAAUAUCUCAACAAGAAGGUAAAGUAACUCCACGUCGACGCACACCUCCUAAGAAGCAAAAAAGAGCAGCUCCUCUGAUCGUUUGUAACUCUGGAAUUACAGGUAGAGAAACAUCUCAAAUUUGGGAUCAUUUCUCUAAGUUUAUUGCUAAAGGAGGUAAAUGUAGGGCAAAAUGUAAUUAUUGUACUAAAAUAUUUGCUGCUGAUAGUGUCAACGAGAUGAAUACAUUAUGGAAUCAUUUGACUGUGAAAUGUCACAAGUCUCCAUUUAAGUCCGAAAAGAGACAAACAACAUUAAAACCUAUCAAAAGAGGUUGGCUAGAAGGUGUUUCAACUGAAAAAGGGGUGUUUAAUAUGGAUGAAAUUAAGAGAGCAAUUGUUAAAUUUGUAAUUAUUGAUGAACAGUUGUUUACAGCUGUUGAGGGAGAAGGAUUCAAAAAAUUAAUGGCUAAAGCCUUUCCCGAUUUUGAAGUAUCUUCUUGUGUAACUGUUGCUCGACAUUGUCAAAGGAUUUAUUAAGAAGAGAAAGAAAAGCUUAAGGAGCUUAUAAAAAACCAACGUGUUUGUCUUACCAGUAAUACAAGGACGUCAAUCCAAAAUUAUACUUAUAUGGUUAUCACUGCACAUUGGAUUGAUCAUCAAUGGAAUCUACAAAAGAGAAUUCUUAAUUUUUUUCAAACACCAGAUCACAAAGGUGAGACCAUUGCCAAGGGGAUGGAGGAGUGCUUAUUAGGUUGGGGCAUUGAGAACUUGUUUAAAGUGCCCUUGGAAAUGCAACUGCAAAUGACGAUGCCAUUAAGAGUUUAAAGGAGCGUAUUGAAGAUUGGAAAGGAGUAAUAUUUGAAAAUAAGUAUUUACAUGUUAGAUGUAAUGCUCAUAUUUUAAACUUGAUUGUAAAAAAGGGGCUGGAUGAACAAAUUGAUCCUAUUUCUCAUAUAAGAAGUGCUAUAAAAUAUGUCAGGCCUUCUUCUUCAAGAUAAGCUACUUUUAAGUCCUUUGUUGAGAAAGUUAAGAUGGAAACUCGUGGUCUUGUAUAUCUGAAUGCUGAGACUAGAUGGAACUCGACAUACACAAUGUUGGAUAAAGCUUUAUUUGAAAACGCUUUUACAAGAAUGUGUGUGGAUGACCGGAUUUAUCAAAAGCAAUGUCGAGAAAUAAGUACACCAACAAAAAAUUCAUCAAUAGAUGAUUGGAAGAAUGUGAAAGCUUUUGUGAAGUUUCUUCAUAUUUUCUAUCAGGCAACUUCAAAAUUUUCGGGCAGCUUAAAUUCUACUUCCCACUCUUUCUUUCAUGUUUUCAAUCUCCAAAAUGACAUUAUCAAGUAUACUAAACAUGAUGAUCUCAUUUUGGUUGAUAUGGCAACAAAAAUGAAAUCCAAGAUGGAUAAAUAUUGGGGUAAGUUUGACAGUAUGAAUAUGUUACUAAUAGUUGUUGUUGUGCUCCUAGAUACAAGAUGCAAUAUGCAUAGUAUAUUCUUUCUAUUUCAUAGGCUCUUUGAUGGGAAGAAUAAUGUCUGAAGAUGUGAGAGAUGUUUUGUAACUCUUAUAUAAUCACUACAAUUGUUCUUGAUUCGAAGAUCCUAACAAAAAUAUUGAAAAUGAUAAUUGUGUGAUGGGUGAAUCUAGUGCUUUGUUGCAAUCUCAGUGGGAGAAGCACAUGAAAAAAAGAGGGAUUUGUUGUAAAAAAAAAUCUAAUUUGGACAUAUACUUGAAAGAUAAUGUAGUAAAGAUCAAUGAUUUUAAUAUUUUGAGUUGGUGGAAAGUUUCGUCCAGUAGAUAUUCAGUUGUUGCCAAAGUUGCUAGGGAUAUCCUUUCUAUUCUUAUUUCUAUUGUUGCAUCUGAGUCAGCUUUUAGUACAGGUGAUCGAAUUCUUGAUAGUUAUCGAAGUUCUUUAUCUUCAAAUACGGUAAAAGCGCUUAUCUGCACUCAACAGUGGCUACGAUCGCCUUUUAAAGAGUGCAAGCUUGAAGAUAUUUUAGAGGAAUUGAAGAAGGGUAAAGUUCAAACUGAGUGAAGAAUUUUGGGGGAAAAAUGGAUAAGGAGAAAGUGGAGCAAUUGAAGAUUCAAAUGCAGCAAUGGUUAAAUGAAGCUGAAGAAUUCAUCAAUCAUAUACCUCCUGUUCAACUGUAUACUGCUGUUGGAGUUGUAUUAUUCACUCUCAUUUUGUUGUUAAUCAUCCGCUUGUUCAAGCGCACAACAUCUAACACCAUCAUACUCACUGGGCUAAGUGGAAGCGGCAAAACAUAUCUUUUUUACCAGCUUAGAGAUGGUUCAGCCCAUCAGGGUACCGUGACGUCAAUGGAACCAAAUGAAGACAGUUUUAUACUACACUCUGAGAAAGACAAGAAAGGAAAAUUGAAGCUUGUUCACAUUGUUGAUGUCCCUGGGCACUCUCGUCUUAGGCCGAAACUAGAUGAGUUCCUACCUCAAGCAGCUGGCGUUGUGUUUGUGGUAGAUUCUGUGGAAUUUUUACCAAACUUCCGUCCUGCUUCAGAGUACUUGUAUGAGAUCUUGACAAAGGCAAGUGUGGUCAAGAAAAAAGUUCCAGUACUCCUCCUUUGCAACAAGGUUGACAAAGUAACUGCACAUACAGCAGAAUUCAUCAGAAAACAGCUGGAGAAAGAAAUCGACAAACUUCGUACAUCAAGAACUGCCGUAUCUGAUGCAGAUAUCUCUAAUGAAUAUACGCUUGGUGUACCUGGAGAGCCAUUUGCUUUUUCUCAAUGCCAUAACAGUAUAAUUAUUGCUGAAGCUUCUGGUCUGACCGGUGAAAUUUCUCAGCUGGAGAAGUUCAUUAGGGAGAAUGUGAAACCUUGAUUAUGGUAUUUCAAGCAAACGGGGGACUCUUUUGAUUUCAUUUCUUCUCUUAUAUUUUUGGUCCGGGAAGCUGAAAAUAUUGUAAUGAUAGACGGAGAAAAUACAUCUACUUGGAAAACAUAUUCAGAGUAGGGAUAGGGAUUUGAAGAGUUUUCUUUAUGUUCUAUUGGCAAACCCCACCUAAACAUUAUACUUGUUGUGCAUAGAAUAUCUUUGUCAUUGGAUUUGAUUACUUCCCUUUA